GUUUUCUCGACCGUGAUGGCUCAGAUCUAACUUUCAGCACAUUUAACGUGCUGACCAGGAUGCCUCGACUUCUCUGGGAUAUUUCCUCGUACAGAAAAGAAACAGUUUGAAGGAAGCGUUUGAUUCAGUUUCAGUACUCCACGUGUGGGCUAAGGGCAAACCUCUCCCUGGGAAUGGAGCGUGGGCGGGGCCGGGGCGUCACCGCCCUCCUGGGUUGCCUAGGAGACCAUGAGUAUCCCUCUGUAGUUGCAGCUGGACCGGUACAGGAGAACUGAACUGUGCUUUCUGUAGAAUUUAAAAACUCCACCAACACCACAGCCGGUCCCCGAGGUAGCCCCGACCUCACUUGGGCAGAAGUCGGUUCCCAGCCGGGGUGAAUUUAGACCCAACAGCGAACGCGUUUCCAGGACAACGGCUUCCCUGCAGGGCCUUCCGGCCAGGCCAGCGCCAAGAUGCCGUCAGCGGGGAAGGCAACCCAGGUUCCGAACGGCAAAGUCUACCACCAGAUCUUUCAGGCUCAGGUGCAGCUGGUCCACUCCUUGGCAACCACCAGGAAGCAUGCUGUUGAGCAUUCUGUGACCCCAAAGAGUGGCAGGACACCGGUGAUGAAGAAGGUGGAGAUUCCUGAAGGGGAGACGAUGACCCCUCGGCAGUGGAAGUGGAUGCACAGCCUCCCCAAUGACUGGGUCACAGAAAACCCUGUUCUAUUAAGGGAAAAGGAAAAAGCCAAAAGAGAAAAGGCACAAGAGAGUGAGAACCAGAUCGCUGCCCGAGAAGUGCGGGGCCUCAUGGACACCAUUGUGCCAGAGAGGACGAGUACCAUCACCCUUGAAAGGCAAGAAAAUCUCAAGAAGAGGAACUACGAACGCGCUCUGGCGAGCUUUCAUGAGGAGAUCGCGCAGAUUGGAAUGGAAAUGGAACCUCUUAUCUUGGAGACAGGGGAACUUUUUUUGAAAAAGCUGUCCGAGUAUGAUGAAGACAUCAACAAUCUCUUCAAAGAGGUGGAAAAUGACACCGGUCUUGAGGACUAUACCAUCCAAACCUUGUUGGAGCUGUGGGAUAAGGUGGCUGAGAUGUUCCUGGUCCAGAAACAGAACAUUAAGGAACUGGAUAACCAGCUGCUCUCAGUAGAGUUCUCUCGAGCAGAUAAGCUAAAGAGCGUGUUGAAGAAAUAUGUGGAAGUCAUAGAGAAAACAACCUACCUCUUGCAGCCCGAUGUGUACAGGCUGAUAAAUAAAGAAGCCAUGAUCAUUAACCAUGCCUUACUGGGCAACCGGAGGGCCAUCGCCCAGCUGUACGUCAACCUGAUGGAGGCCACCCUGCGGAUGGAGCUCGACAGUCGCCACCGCUGGCAGGGCCUGCUGGAUUCCUGGAAGACCCUCAAGAAGGAGGUGCUGCUACAGAGUUUCAGUGAGUUCAUGGCCAGUGAGAGUAUCCAGAAUCCUCCAGCCAUACAGAAGGAGCUGGAGGAAAUGCUGAAGACCCAGCAUGCCUUGCAGCAGAAACGGGAGGAGCAUCUUUGCACCAUCUGUAACCUCUUGCCCCCCAAUUACAACAUAGCCAAGCUGACCACAUGGCAAUCUUCUCUCGAUGCCUUGAACAAGGAGCUUGACAUGUACCACAUGGACUGCAUGAUGCGGAUCCGCUUGCUGUAUGAAAAGACAUGGCAGGAGUGCCUGGCCCAAGUGCAGAAUUGCAAGAAGCAGCUGUUGGACUGGAAGGCCUUCACCGAGGCAGAGGCUGAGAACCUGGUGAGCCAGACCUUCCAGACAGUGGGUGCACUCCAGAGCAAGAUGGAAGAGGAGCUGGAGCUCCUGGAUAAUUCCUUUGAAGCCUUGGCCAAGCAGACAGAGUGGCAGAGCUCAGACCUCUUCAGGUACUUCCAGGAGGCUGUGCGGCUGUGGGAGGCGCACCAGAGCAUACUGUCACAGCAGGAGCUGGAGCUCGAGAAGAGGAUGGAACAGUACAGGCAGAGGCACAACCUGGAGAACCAGGCCCAGGAGCUACACUUUGAUAAGCUCUUAGACCAACUGAGGCAGCAAAGCCAGGAAGAAACACUGAAGGUAUGCCUGGAAAAGGCCAAAAAUUUUCUGAAGAACAUGAAAUCCAGGUAUGAGUAUGCUCAUGUCCUCCUGACCAAGGAAGUGAUGGAGUACCCAGAGAUCAUACUGAAAGAACUCAACUCCUACAGCUCCAACCUCAGCCAACAUUUCUUCGUUCGUGAAAUCUUUCAACAGAACGUGCUUGGGGAAGUCAGCUUCAAAGUCAGGGAGCAAGAGGUAUAUGAAAAGCACUACCUGAAGAGGAUGAGGAAACUGAAGAAGAGACAAAGGGCUAAAGCAGAAAUGAAGAGAAGUGAGGAAAGCAUAGGCAGAAGGUUGGAUUCUGCAAGACCAAUGGAAGAGAUGGAAGAAGAAAAAGGUCGAGAAAUGGUGUCCUCUGGAACUGAAGGGGGUCUGAGCCAGGGGAUCAGAUCUGUCCAGGGUGACCAGUUGGAUGAGUCCAGAGUGGGCUCUGUGCAACCAUCAGAAGAAAUGCAGAGUGAAAGAGAGAGCUCCUCAAAAGCAUCCCUGAGCCUGGAAAAUGUGACAGUUCAAGAAGAGAAGGUGGAGGAGGUAGAAGAGGAGGAGGAAGAAGCAGAGGAGGAGGAGGAAGAAGCAGAGGAAAAGAAUGAAGGGGAAAAGGCAAAUGAGGAGGAGGAAAAGGCAGAGGAAAAGCAGGAGACUUCCUCUGUGGCUGAGACUGAAGUUCCAGAUGAAAGUAUGGAGGAGAUCUUCUAUGACGACAUGGAGUCCUUCACCACCUCCAGUGGAAAUACUUACUUUGUCCUCGUAUCUCUGGAAAAAGAGGAGAGUUGCAAGAGGCCCCAUUCCAACUGCUCAGCCAUACUCAUGAACAACACCUCCAGCACAAAGUUCAUAGAACAAGUAAUAAUUCCAUCUGGACUAGUUUUAGAAAUUAAGAAACAACUUCGAGCUGGCUUUUUUGAACACCUCGAGAAGUGGUUUGCUCAAUGUGCUCUCGAUGCCCGGGCUAUCAUGGCCACCAAGAUCAGUGAACUGGAUUCAGAACUGGAGCUGCGUCUACACCUGCACAAGCCAAGAGUCCAGCACGUAGAGAAGGACAUCCACAACGUCAGGGCAGCUGAGCUCUUGCUUCACAAAGAACGGUUGGACAGACACUGUGCUGGAGUGGUGGAGACCCUAAAGAAGGAGAGGCUGAUGUUCUGCCAGUUCCAAGAAGAGCAAAACACGAAGAGCAAAAUCUUUCACCGCAAGAUCUAUGACAUGGAGCACAUCUUCCUGAAUGCCACCAAGAGCCAAAAGCUGGUCCUUCUCAGCAGCACACUGCACCGGGAGCUGCUGAGCUACGUGGAUGUCACCCAGGUAUCCCUGCGCAGCUUUCGACAGUACUUGGAGGAAAGCCUCGGCAAACUCCGCUACACCAACAUUGAAUUUGUCAAGCACUGCAGAUUGUUUUCAGAGGGAGGCACCUUCUCACCUGAAGAAAUCAACUCACUGUGUCUUCGACUGGAGAAGGAAGCUUCCCGGAUAGAGUUUGUUGAAAGUUUAAUCAUAAUGAAUAUGGAGAAGAUGGAGAGCGAAUACCUGGACCAGGCCAAUGAUGUCAUCAACAAAUUUGAGAGUAAAUUCCAUAACCUGUAUGUGGACCUUAUUUUCAUGGAGAAAAUCCAGCGGUUGCUGACAAGUCUUCAAGUGAACAUCAAGUGCCAGGUGGCAAAAUCCAACUUACAGACAGAGGGAUUAAAUUCUUCUCUGGAAGAACUCCAGCGCAAGAUUGAAGCUUGUAGAUAUCCAAGAGGAGAUAAGACUGUGGUGACCACAGAAGAUCUCCUGGGCUGUGUCAGAACUUGGAAAGAAAAACUGAACCAGAGGAUUAAGUACCUCAACUGCAGCCUGGACACGGUGUCUAUGACUCAUGAGGUCUAUAAGGACACUGCCCUGAGUGACGCUGAGGUAGAGAGUGACAAUCAGAUGUCUUCAGAGACCCUUGAGGAGGCCAAGGUAGACCUCGUCAACCCUGAGUCCUUUGCACAGCCGAGCCGCAUGGGGAAGCUGAUGAUUGAAGACCCUGCUGUGGAGGUGGUCAAGAUGAUCCUGCAAUUUCCCAACACAAGAUCACUUCACCAGUGUGAUAAAGACCGGACAGUCUUAAAGCGACGUUGCCGGGCAGAAAGCACUACGAAGAGGGCCUUGCCUAGCACCAGUUCUACCUCAGCAGCAAGCAUCACACGGCAUCCCAAGCUCACCAGAAUGGAAAGAAGGUACCAGCUGCUUGGAGAAAAGUCUCCUCCUCCGGCUGAAGACUUUAAAGGGACCAUCCUGACCCUCCUUUGGGAAAGUAAUGAGCGCCUGCUGUCUGCUGCAGAGGACUUUUACCGCAGAGAGAAGCAUCCAGUCACCAGGCCUGACUGCAUGUAUGAGAAUUUGGACCAGUGUACUGACCACAUCUGUAAGAAGAUCCUGGAGUACCAGAGUCAGACAGAUGAAUACCACAACUCCUGCCUCAUGGAAUUACGAGUCCAGAUGAAGAGAUUUGAGGAGUUGCUGCCCAAGGUGUGCUGGCUGGUGACUGAGAAUGUCAAGGAGAAGCACUGGCAAAAGUUUUGCACCACCAUGAAAGACAUCCGGAGAGAGUUUGAAAAGCAGCAAAAGCAGCUGGAGAGAAGGAAGGAUCAAAAUGCCCAGAAGCUCCAGCCAAAUCUUGGACAUCCCCAGAAUCUCCAGCAAAUGAAGUCUCUACAUGCUUCAGAAAAGAAAAGACAGGAAGAGCUGAACAAUGCAAUCAAGAUGACCAGGGAAAGGCUAGAGGAAUAUGCCAGGAAGUACGGCCACUUUUUCAUCACCAGCUUAGCCACUUUCACCGAGAAGCUUCUGUUGCAGCUGGAUGAAGUGGUUACCGUGGAUGACAUCCAGGUUGCAAGUAAGCACCCCAGGCCUGUGCUCUGGUCCCAGGGGGUCAGGAGAGGUCAGCUAGCGGAGGGAUGGAGCCCUCCAAACAGAAAAUGUCAAUCCUUAUACGGAAGAGACUGGCCAAGCUCUCCCUGGAGGAAGAGAGUGAGAAGCCUCUGAUCGAACGUGGGAGCAGGAAGUGGCCAGGCAUCAAGCCCACUGAAGCCACCAUCCAAAACAAGAUUCUUGUUCGGAAGACACCCUCAAUAACCACCUCCAAGAC